UCCCAACCUCACCGGAGCCCCUCUGCCUGGCGCAAGCCGCUUUGCAGCCCGGGGUUCCGGUGUCACGGGGUCCCGGCUGUACGACGCCUGUCGGCGGUGCUCCAUUUCCGAGGUCUGAGUCCUGGGGUGCGAGACCGCCGGGGCAGAAGCUCGGAGAAACGGCUGAGCCUCUGGGCUCGGGGUCCACGCUGUCUCCAGCGGGGACCACAGUGAAGUAGACGCAGACCCGCAGUGGCUGAGCCGAGGACUUGUACCCCUGGACCACGAAGAGUGCUGAGCAGAAGGGAGACGCCAUCCGAGACAGGACUUGGACAGCUCCCCUGGAGUUUGUUCAGUGGUGAAAAAGCACGGGGGAAAGGGCAAGGAGAAAUUGAUACACCUUCCAAGGCCACACGACGUGUAGGAGGUCGCAUGUAGGUUGGACAGGCAUCAGGUUGUGGGACAGAGCUGAGCAAGGAAGGCUCAUGGGAGCAGAGCCCUCCCAAAGUCAUGCCCCUCUGUGGUCUGCCCUUCCCCGCAGGUCCCUAUGGCUGCAGACGUGCUUUUGGAGCCAAUACUGUGUGUCCUUUGAAGAUGUGGCUGUGUACUUCUCUUGGGAGGAAUGGAAUCUUCUUGAUGAGGCUCAGAGAUGCCUGUACUUCAGUGUGAUGUUGGAGAACUUUGACCUUACAUCGUCCCUGGGUCACUCAUUAGAAGUGAAGCAUGACGUGGUGCCUUCUGAACCAACCAUUUCUGUAGGACUGUCACAGGUCAGGACUCUCAAAGAAGGUUCAACUCUCCAGAAUGCAGGCCCCUGUGAAAUACACAGCCCCAUCUUGAGAGAUACUUUUCGCUCAGCUCAGCACCAUGGAACACACGGCAGGCAAAAGCUGUACACAUAUGGGGCACAGCCAUACUUCACAGCAAGUCUACAGCAUCACCGGAAGCACAUUGGAGAGCUGCCAUUGGGAAGCUGUGUGGACAAAGGUUCACCCACGAAGUGCUGCAUGAUCCACAUAUCAGCAAAGCCUUUCACCUGCAAGGAAGUUGAGAAGGGCUUCUUGCCGAGCGUGUGGUUUCCUCAUCAACAAGGCCAUCCCACAGGGAGGAACCCAAGUAACGGUGACAAGUGUGGGGUGGCCUUGCUCAGUGGGAAAAGCUGGGGAGAAUGUAAGAAAGCUUUCAGCCACAUCGACACGCUUGUUCAGGACCAGAGUAUGCUCACCCGGAAAGGGCGUUUUCAGUGCAACCAGUGUGGGAAAGCCUAUACACGACGGUGUAAUCUCAUCCAGCACCAGAAAGUACACAGUGAGGACAGGCCUUACGAGUGCAGCGAAUGUGGAAAGUGUUUUGUCUACUACUCCAGCUUCAUGAUACACCAGCGUGUGCACACUGGUGAGCGGCCUUACGCGUGCAGUGAGUGUGGGAAGCGCUUCAGGCAGCUCUGCAGCCUCAACAUCCACCGGAAACUCCACACUGGAGAAAGGCCUUAUGAGUGCAGAGAAUGUGGGAAAUUCUUUAGCCACAGGUCUAAACUCAUUCAGCACCAGCGAGUCCACACUGGAGAAAGGCCUUAUGAGUGUGGAGAAUGUGGGAAGUCCUUUCGCCAAAACUUUAGCCUCAUCUACCACCAGCGAGUCCACACUGGAGAAAGGCCUCAUCGGUGCAGUGAGUGUGGGAAAGCCUUUAGCCGCAGCUCCAGCCUCAUCCACCACCGGAAACUCCACACCAAAGAAAGGCCUUAUGAGUGCAGUAAAUGUGGGAAAUCGUUUAAGCAAAGCUCCAGCCUCAGCUCACAUCGGAAAGUCCACACAGGGGAAAAGCCCUAUGUGUGUGGGGAAUGUGGGAAGUCCUUCAGCCAUAGCUCCAACCUUAAGGUCCACCAGAGAGUCCACACUGGAGAAAAGCCCAUCGAGUGCACUGAGUGUGGAAAGUCGUUUAGCUCCAAAUCUAACCUUAUCAAACACCUGACUAUUCACACUGGAGAAAGGCCUUACCAGUGCAGUGACUGUGGGAAGGGCUUUAGCCGGAGCUCUGACCUUAAUCAGCACCAGCGGCGCCGCCCCGGGAAGGAGCCUUACCAGUGCAGUAGCUGUGGGAAGGGCUUUGGCUGCAGGUCUGGCCUCAUUCAACACCAGAGAGUCCACACUGGAGCAAAGCUUUAGCUUUUCUAAUCUCAAAAACCAUACGAAUGUAAGGAAUGUCCCAAAACCUUUGCGUAUCUUUCUUGCUUUCUGGCCCAUCAGAAAAGACACAGGAACGAGAGGCCAUUUCUUUGUGACUGCGGGAAAUCCUUUAGCAAAAGCUACAGCCUCAGUGAUCACUGGCGGCUCCACACGGGGGAAAAGCCGUAUGAGUGUGGGGAGUGCGGGAAGUCCUUCAGACAGAGCUCUAGCCUCAUUCAGCACCGGAGAGUUCACACCGGAAUCCGGCCUCAUGAGUGCGAGCAGUGUGGGAAAUUGUUUAGCAAUAAGUCCAACCUCAUUAAGCACCGGCGAGUCCACACUGGAGAGCGGCCGUACGAGUGCAGUGAGUGCGGGAAGUCCUUCAGUGAAAGUUCCGCGCUCCUGCAGCACCAUAGUGUGCACACGGGAGAGCGGCCCUACGAGUGCAGCAAAUGCGGGAAGUUUUUCACCUACCAUUCCAGCUUGAUAAAGCACCAGAAGGUUCACAGCGGAGCACGGCCCUAUGAGUGCAGUGAGUGUGGGAAGUCAUUUAGCCAGAACUCCAGCCUCACGGAGCACAGGAGAGUUCACACUGGCGAGCGGCCUUUUAAGUGUGGCGAGUGUGGGAAGUCGUUUAGCCAAAGCUCUGCACUCCUUCAACAUCAGAGAGUCCACACCGGAGAAAGGCCCUAUGAGUGCAGUCAGUGUGGGAAAUUCUUUACCUACAGUUCAAGUCUCCAGAAACAUCAGCGAGUUCACACUGGAUCACGGCCUUACGAGUGCAGCGAGUGUGGGAAGUCCUUUACUCAAAACUCCAGCCUCAUUAAACACAAGAGAGUCCAUACUGGAGAAAGGCCUUAUCAAUGCACCGAAUGUGGAAAAUCCUUUAGCCAUAGCUCUAGCCUCAUUAAACACCAGAAAAUUCAUAGUCGAUGAAGGCCAGUAAGGGUUUAGGAUGAACAAAGAAGCUCCAGCUUCGUUAGGCAGCGCUAAGUGAGAGCAGUAAACAUCAGAAUUGACUCAGCUUGUCUUAUUCCAGUGGAUUACACAAAGGUCACAGGAGAAAGUGUACCUUUGUCAUGUGCCAAUGUGCUAGUUCCUUGUUCAGUACAACACUAGAGAGUUGAUGUCAUGUCUUUAAAAAUCACCUCAUCCACCCAAGACAUGCAUGUGAAGCCCAGGUACGUGGUAGCCACAUUGUUCAGUGCUGCCAGGGCCCGUGUUCUGCCGCCGUGGCAGCUCAGUCCCCCAGCAGAUGCCGGUAGUGCAUUGUUCACCCUGCAUAGUGUGUGCAGGCAGGUGAGCCCCAGGGCUUUUCUGUGCAGGGAGAGAAGCUGAGCAGACGGCCCUCGUUCCCCUCUCAUUUCUUUGCUGACAACAAAGGGCAUCAACCUGACCCACUUUGGCCUGGAGGACUAAAAAAGGUAGACUCCAUAUUUCAGGGGUCUUGUUCAUGUCACAUGACUUAAUGGACUUUCCUAGCCACAAUACUACCACCUGCCUCCCAGGCUCUGGUUGUGUAAUAAAAGUCUUUAUUACUUAAGC